AUGAGCAGCCCCCAGGUCAAUGGCACAACAACGCCAGCAAAUACAACGCAAAGGGCUCCUCCAGUUGUUGGAAUCAACUUUGGAAAUUCGUAUGCAUCCAUCGCCAUUUUGAACAAGGAUGGCGUGCCAGAUUGUAUCGCCAAUGAAGAUGGAGAGCGUCAGAUUGCUACUGCACUCUCUUUUCACGGCGAGGAAAUGUACAUUGGAAAUCAAGCAAAGCCGCAGCUUGUCAAGAAUUCUAAAAACACUAUAGUCGGAUUUAGGAAUCUCUUGGGCAAAUCCUAUGGAGAAGCCACAAGCAUGAAAUCCACGGCUGCACCGAUUGUAGAACAUAAGCAUGAACCUGCGUACACUGUCCAAGUGCUAGAACCCGCACCGGCCCCCCCAUCAAUCCAGCCAACGCCAAAGGGUUCUCAUGCACCCACUCCCUUGCAAUCGCCACCACCAGAAUUGGCAGAGCCCUCUUACAUCUCAAAGACGCUUACUGUUUCGGACGUUGCAUCGACUGUCCUGGGAUCCCUCGUCAACUCGGCAUCCGACUUUUUGGGUCAACGAAUCCAAGGCGCCGUUAUCACAGUCCCGGCUCGUUUCCCCCAAAAGGCACGGGACGCACUGAGUAAAGCUGCGGAGCAUGCGGGUGUUCAUGUCCUACAACUGCUAGACGAUGCCGCUGCUGCAUCUCUUGCUUAUUCCUCCCUCACCGCACACCCAACUGAAGACCGAACAUCUUUAAUUCUAGACCUGGGUGCUUCGUCCCUCGACUUGACAUUAUUGUCGACGAAGCAAGGUCUUGUCCAUUCACUAGCCUCGUCGCACAUCGCAGAUAUUGGAGGUGAUGCGAUUGACGAUAGGUUGAUCGCAUUCUUUGCCAAAGAGUUCACCAAGAAAACCAAAGUACCCCUCUCCCCAACCAGCUCAGAUCCAGCAGAUGUUCGUGCACUCACCAAGCUGCGGCUGGCUGUCGAGCACACCAAACGAACGCUCAGCGCCAGUCCUGGUGCGGCUUCGUGCAGCGUCGAAUCUCUAAAGGACGGCCUCGACUUUAGCGGAACCAUCAACCGGCUACGGUUCGACAUUGAAAUGAAGCCUAUCUAUACUGCAGUCUCUACCGAGGUCAAAAAGCUGCUCGAGUCGGCCAAUCUGGAUCCCGUGCUGCUAGACGAGGUCAUAUUGGUUGGAGGAACCGCGCUUCUGCCAGGUCUUUCUACGCAGCUAUCGACAGUGUUGGAAGAGUCGACCGAGAUUAGAGCGGAUAUCGACCCUUCACAGGUGUUGAGUCGGGGUGCUGCGGUACAAGCUGGGCUUCUCUUCAACCUAGGACCCAAUGAUCCCCUUCUAAAGGCAUUCCACGAGGACUGCAAAGCCUUGGACGCUCACGUCACGACAAAGCCCAUCAGCGCCUACUUCCCGUCUGAAGAAGGAUCCGAGGAGAUCUGCCUUCCCCUGAUCGCCUCGGAGACACCCCUUCCGGCUCGUCGAACUGUCUCCUUUGUUGCCCAACUUGCCGAGAAAGAGGGUGAGCAGGCGCUCGGCAUCGAAAUAUGGCAAGUCAACGAAACGGUCAAGGUCGAGAAGACGAAACUAGAAGUGGAUCCAGAAGAUGAGGAAGAGGAGGAACCCGAGGAGAUUGAGACAAGACACCGAGUAAUCGAGAAGGACGUUCAACUCGGUGCUUUGAAGAUGGACGUCGUCGGAUCGCGAGCAGGAAAGAAGAAAAAGGGGCCUCUACAGGCAACGAUUAUGCUGACCAUUGUGAUCAACCUUGACCACAGCGUAGAGGUCCUAGCCCACCAAAAGGAUAGCAGUGCUGCACCGGUGACACUGAAACUAUAA